AUGACGCGCCCUUCUUGCCCUCCCGCAGACCCCGUUGGCCGAAUGAAAGAAGGGGCUUCUUCUUCAGUCGACGUCGAAGUCUCAUCAAGUAAUCCGCAGCCAACCGCGCCGGCAAGUGAUGCAGAUCUACGUCGUCUUGCCGAUGACUCGACCGACUCUGCGUUUGACGCGGUGGAAGACGUCCCCUCUUAUGCUGAUGCCGCGUCGCGAAUGCGGCGAUACUGGGGGCCGGAGGUGGUGUCGUCGCGCAAAGCGGAGAGGACUGCAUCGGUGAGCUCUGUUCGUGUUCCGGUGCCGUUGGGGGUUUCUCUCUUGGAGUCCGACACGCCCCUGAUCGACGUCGACGACUUCGCCCGACCCGCCGAGCCCGCGAUUGUGCGCGCCCGCAAUAUUAUUGCGUGGACGUUGCCGUCUGGGCGAACGCUGCGUUGCCUCGUCGACUCUGGUUCGGAAGUGGACUUGGUGGAUCAGGAUGUCGUGCGAACAGACCCGAGUUUCACGACGUCCCGCCUUACCGCGCCGCUGCACUUGCGCCUCGGCACUCGCGACAAAUCUGACCGCUGCGCCGUGUUUGCCAACGCCCUCUUCACGUCCGGUUCCCUCGACCUCGGCUUGCAGGCGUUUUUCAUUUGCCGUGUGACGGCAUAUGAUGCUAUCCUGGGUUUGCCGUUUCUGAAGGACACCGGCAUGCUGGUAGGCUGGGGCGUCUUCACCGUCGCACGGCCGGGCCCUUCGCAGCCGGUCGCCAAGGGCACUCACGAGUGGGAUCGCGCAGUCACGGUGGCGCCCAUCUGCUCCGGCUCUGCCAUUGGCUACGAUCACCCAGGGUUGCUUCCUGACGACGAGAUCAUUGGCCUCGAGCCGCACAACCCUCUGCUGGAUGUCGUCGACGACCCGGCGCUCGAGGAUUUGUCUGAGUCCGAAGCACGAACACGAUUGGCUGCCUUACUCGAGAAAUACUCUGAUGUGUUCGUAGAUUCGCUCCCAAUGGACCGACUCCCGCCUUAUCGACCCGUCAAUCACGAAAUCCCUUUGAUCGACCCCAACGAGAAGGUCAAGCCGAGGGUCUAUCCCCUUGCCGACAAAUAUCGUAGCCAGUGGGCGGAGCAUUCAGCUAAGUACACUCGCGGUCGCUUCUGGGUUUCUGGUCCGAUCGACUCUGCGGCUCCGGUCUUCGCCAUUCCGAAAAAGAACUCCCAGACCGCUCGCUUUGUGAUCGACCUCCGCGCUCGCAACAGCAACACCGCCAAGCGUUUUUCACCUAUCCCCGACAUGACCAGUGUUCGCUACGAAGUGGCACGUUCGCGCUACCGGUCCAAAUUCGACGUGGCCGCAGCGUUUGAGCAGGUGCGGGUCAUACCCGAGCACGUCGAUCGCACCGGCUUCGCCACGGUCACGGGCACGUACACGUCGCGGGUGAUGCAGUUUGGGGACACCAAUGCGCCCAACACCCUGAACUUGUUGACAUCGGCGAUGUUUCAGCCGUGCCUCUCGUUUGCCAAGAUCUUUUUCGACGAUGUUCACGUCCAUUCCGAUACUCGUCGCGCGCACUUAAGACACAUCGAGAUUUUGCUGAUGACACUGCGACAUUAUCGGUUCUACUUAGGAUCCAACAAAUCCGAGUGGUUCUCAAAGUCGUUAGAUUCCUUGGGCGCGAUCAUCUCCGACGACGGCAUCGAGGUCGACCCGGCCAAGUGGGAGCGUAUCCGACAGUGGCCGACUCCACACAACAAGACCGACGUUCAGCGUUUCCUCGGCACCGUGAAUUGGAUGCGAGAUCACCUGCCCCACCUCUCGAUCACCUUGGAGCCCAUCACCGCAUUAUUAGCGCAAUCGACGUCGUGGCGUUGGAACGAGCGCGAGCAGCAGGCCUUCGACACCGUCAAGUCCCUCGUGCCAGCAACACUGCGACCGAUCGACGGCGCUAAGGUCACCUCCGGCGAGCACAAAAUCUACUUGUUCACCGAUGCCAGUCGUGUUGGCAUUGGCGCUUGCCUGGCCUCGGGCCCCACUCGUUCGCAGGCCAUUCCUACGCGAUUCUUCUCCGCUAAGUUCAAUGGCGCUCAGCUCAAUUAUCACGUCACUGAUAAGGAGUUCUUAGCCGUCGUUUCGGCGUGUCGGGCGUUCGAGCAGCACUUGAUCGGUUACCCCUUCGUCAUCGUCACCGACCACCAAGCCCUUCGCACGAUUAAAACGCAGAAGUUACGCCAAACACCCCGGCACAUCCGCAUGUGUCUCGAACUCAGCCGUUUCGACUUCGAAUUCGAAUUCAUUGCGGGCAAGAACAACUCCCUUGCCGAUUCGUUGUCACGCUUGUGGGAAGUCAAGGAGGGAUCGCCCGAGGAUCAGGUCAAGGAGAAUGAGUUGGAGGAUAUGUUCUUUGAUGGAGAACGCCACGGAUUCACUACACACGGUGAGAGCCUCCCUGAGGAACGUCCUUACACCUCACCAUCUCCCGAUCGGUUGCCUCCUGUUGAUUUUGCCUUCGGGCCCCAACGCGACGAUUGCGAGGCAGGCUCUCCCGGAUACUACGCGCUCAAGGACGAAUCGCAAGACGAGGACGUGAAUGGACGGGAUUUAGGGAAUUUGUUCUUGAAGGAAGAAUGCCACGAGUUCACUACACCUGGUGAGAGCCUCCCUGAGGAACGUCCUUACACCUCACCUUCGCACGAUCGGUUGCCCCCUGUUGAUUGUGCCUUCGGGCCCUGGGAUCACGGCUACGACGCAGGCUCUCCCGGUUCCCAUCGUCUGGCCGAGAACAUUAUGGACGCCGUCGACUCUUCUACCGGCCCCCUUUCUCCUCCCAUCGCCGUCAAUCGAGUUCAUGCUAUCGCCGCGGCCCCCGCCAACGACGCGCCCAUUCCAGUCGAUGCCGACGCCGAUGAACUCGACUUACUGGGAGCCGCCGCCGAUGAGGUCAACGACGCCCCUGUAGUCCAUCGACCGCCCGACCCGCUGCCGCAACCUUUCCUCGACGCCGUCAUCCGAGCCUACGCCCACGAUUCGCAAGCCCAAGUCAUUGUUGACGACCCGCUGUCAUGGCCGAUGUUUCGGGUGACCGAGGAAGGGAGGAUCUUGCGUGUACAUCCAGAUGAGUCUCUUUCCCUGUUUGUGCCUCGCGGUCUCGCUACCGGCGUUGUCGACUCCGACAAGCUCCCAUCGCUGCGCGAGCUCGUGCUUUCGGAGAUCCAUCGGAGCGUCGGGCACGCGGGACAUCGCAUCACCUUGGCCGCCAUACGUCCUUUGUAUUGGUGGUCGUCCAUGUCUGCCGAUUGCGCCAAGUUCUGCCAUUCAUGCGAAGAUUGUGCCCGAGGCAAAGCGUCCACUCAAGUCCCUUAUGGCCGACUGCAUCCGAUGCCGAUCCCUUCUGGCCCAUGGGAACAAGUGGCCAUCGACUUCAUGACGGGACUGCCUCCGGUCGAGUUCGAAGGGAUGAUGGUCGCUCAAAUCAUGGUGGUCACUGACACUUGGGGCAAGAUGUAUGAGACGUUCACCACUACUGUCAGGAGAGGUUGA